AUUCAUUCUAACUGUUGAAAAAAAAAUUUUCUCAUUCCCAGAGAUAACCACACUUAUUGCAUAUAUGUUAGAGAUUUUUCUAGGUCCUAAAAAUCUUUUAUACUAAGUGAUAUAUUAAAAAUUCAUUUACUCUAAUGACACAAAAAUUAUAUUAUGAACAAUAAAAGUUGUAGAGGUGACAGAUUUAAUCAAAAGAUAAUUUAAAUUGAUGUUUAAAAAGUCAAAGUUUAAUGGGUCCCAGAUUGUUUUUAUAGCACUGCUAUUGGUUAAAUACAAACGUUUUGGGGGAUCGUUUCUUAGAGUAACUCUUUCCUUUUAUUUGAACCACGUAGGCAAACAGGUUGUCUCUUCCUCAAGUCAAAGCUUUUUGCUCCAUACUCACUUUCCUGUUCUACUUAAAAUAUUAGGUCCUGUGAAGAUAUUGAUGACACCUUCCAGGUGCAGUGAGAGUGAUGUACCAUCAGACUCUCAAGUAUCACAGACAAAGUCAAUCUUCAGUUCUGGUAAGUCCUAAAACAAGGCCAGUCAUGUGCCAAUAUUUCAGGGCACUGUCCCACAUGCUUUUCCUGGAACAUGACUUAAAAUUGUGACUUUAAAGAUCAUAGGAUAGCAAGAUUUCUACUGGAAGAGAAGACUCAGAAACAGGACACAGUCAUGUAUUUAGCAGAGACCACUAGGUUAAAUCCAGGCCACAGUGCUGUUUGGAACAUUAGUAAAUGUUAUGCUAAACUCAAGUUUAUUUCUACUAAAAGCUGUGAAAAUUUGACAUCACAGUAACUGAAAUCUCAUAGGGAAACCUGCAGCAAUUCCAUCACUACAAGCUCUUGACCUGCUAAGAUAUUUAUAGUACCUACUCAACCUUUGUGAGUGGUUCUGUUACAGCCAUUUCAGUGCCCCCCACCCCUGCCAAAAACUCACAAACUGCACUGUACCUAGUGCAGCAAAUUUAUUAAUAGUACUUGUUGAGUGGAUAAUUACUGAAUGAAUACAAUUAUUUCACCUUUUGCAUUAGUUUUCACAACUUGUUAUUAUGCAUGUAUAUAACCAUAGUAUCUGAAAAAAUAUGCUUAUUUGUUCAUUUAUAAUCUGUUAUUGCUCAGACUUAACAGAGAAAGAGCAAAAGAAAAAAGAAAAAGUUAGUGGGAUCCAUGAACUAUGCAGAGAACCAGAUUUACUUUUUACCAUCUUUAUGGACAAAUCUGUGAGCGUGUGUUCUGCACUAUCACUAAGACCAUAUCCAUCUUGAAUAUUCUCUGACUAUUGCUUUUCAUGAUCUGGGAAGGAAAUGACAAAUGAGACAACUGUAACUGAAUUUAUUCUAAAGGGCUUCUCAGACGUGCCUGAACUGAGGCUCAUUAGCACCGUCUUUUUCCUUUUCAUCUAUCUCUUUGCCAUCCUGGGAAACAGCUCCAUCAUUGCAGCUGUGAGCCGAGACAGCCGCCUCCACAUCCCCAUGUAUUUCUUCCUGAAGAAUCUCUCUUUCUUGGACAUGUGCUAUACCACAGUCAUCGUCCCCAAGGCACUGAUUAAUUCACUCAUGGGUUCAGAAGUCAUCUCCUUUUGGGAAUGUGUGGCUCAGCUCUUCUUAUUUGUAACGCUAUGUGCUUCUGAGUGCUUCCUGCUCACCUCUAUGGCCUAUGACCGUUGUUUGGCCAUCUACAAGCCUCUCCUUUAUGGUAUCAUUAUGAGCAGAAAGCUGUGUACGGAGCUUGUUAUGGUGGUCUGGUUGAGCGGAGCUCUCUAUGCCAUCUUUCACACCAUCAACACCUUCUCCCUCCAGUUUUGUGGGCCUAAUGUCAUUGACCACUUUUUCUGUGACAGCUCCCCUAUCAUGAGACUCUCCUGCAGUGACUCCCACACCAACGAGGAAGUUGGAUUUGUGGUGGGUGGGUGUACUAUCCUUGGUGCCUUUGCCCUCACCAUCAUCUCCUAUGUUCUCAUCAUUGCUACCAUCGCUCGGACCCACUCUGCUGGUAGCCGUUGGAAGGCCUUUUCCACCUGCUCCUCUCAUCUUACUACCAUCACUCUAUUUUAUGUCACUGGGAGCAUUGCUUACCUGAGACCUACUUCUCAUUACUUCCCCCUUCAAGGACGGCUAGUGUCUGUGUUUUACUCCAUUCUAACACCUAGUCUUAAUCCUGUUGUUUACUGUCUGAGAAACACAGACAUGCAGGCGGCCCUAAAGAAACUAUUUGUUCCAUCCAAAUAGGCAUAUUUUUCAUAUAUUAAGCAUAUUUCUCUGAACAUUAACCUAGAUGAAAGUUUCUCGAAACACAUAAUCUAGUAAAGUGAAUAGUGAAGAAAUAGAAAAUGUGAACAGAUUAAUAACAAGUAGGGACAUUAAAGCAGUAAUAAAAAGCCUUCCAACAAAGAAAAGCCUUAUACCAUUGGUUUCAUUGGUGAAGUGUACCAAACACUUUAAGAAUUAAUGCCAACCCUUCUAAAAUUCUUCUAAAAAAACUGAUUAUGGAAUACUUGCAAACUAACUUUAUGGGGCCAGAAUUAUCUUCACACCAAGGCCAAAGACACUACAAGAAAAUAAAACUGUAUGAACUUGGAUGAACAUAGAUGCAAAAAUCUUCAACAAAAUACUAGUAAACCUAACUCAUCAGCACAUUAAAAGGACAUACACCAUGACCAAGUGAGAUUUAUCCUGGGAUUCCAAGGAACAUAUGCAAACCAAUAAACAUACUGCACUGCAUUAACAGAAGCAAGAGUAAAAUUGUAUGAUCAUCUCUAUAGAUACAGGAAAAACAUUUGACAAAAUACAGUUUUUCAUGAUAAAAACUCUCAGUAAACUGGGUAUAGAGGGAACAUAUGUGAACAUAAUAAAGCCCAUAUAUAGCAAACCCACAGUUAACAUCAUACUCAAUGAUGAAAACCUGACACCUUUUCUUCUAUGAUUAGGAAGAAGACAAGGGUGCCCACUUUCACCCCCUCCCUCUUAUUAAACACAGCACUAGAACUCCACCCAGAGGAAAUAGGCAAGAAAAACAAUAUUUUAUGUAUACUUCAUUACAAUAAAUAAAUACAUGAAAGAAAAAAACAACUACAAGAAUUAUUGUGAUCCCAAAAUAACCAAUAGUUUCUGCUUCUCAUGGAUAAUCUAAGCUAUUUAUGAAUCUGAGAUACUAAUUAUAUAUCCCCCACUAUCCCUUUGAAACUCUAUAAAGGAAGGAAAAAGGCAAAUAAUUGAAUCAAGUUUACAGGAGAAAACUUCAGUUUUACAAGAGAAUUGUGCUAUAACUUCGUUUUGUUGAUCUUACUAUAAUGAAGUAAACUUCCGCAAAAAUUCUCUCCAUUAGCUCUGUCAUAAUAUAAAUAGGCAUUUACUUCUAACAUUCAGUUCAGUUCAGUUCAGGUGCUCAGUCGUGUCCGACUCUUUGUGACCCCAUGAACUGCAGCA